GCGGUCCUCGCCAAGAAAGGCGUUGAGAAGAACAAGGUUGCGCGGGAGUGGCGCUUCGUCCGCGACAAGACCCGCGGUUUCCUGUCCAACAAGAAGUUGCCAGACUCCGUGGCCAUGCUUGCGGCGAAUUGGCUUACCCAGCUCGGGAUGCCCGUGUCCGAGUACGGCAUCACCGUGGACUAUUCGUUGCCGCAGACGGUGCCGGAGAAGGAUCAGGACCAAUUCCAGCGCUGGUUCGCGGACAUCUACAACAACCACCAGAAGGAUGCAACUUCCAAGAUGUGCGAGGUUCGUGAUUUCAUGAAGACGCACGGGAUGGGUUCAAGCUGGGGGGCUGUGCAGUUCACGCCGCAUUUCUCCUUCGAUGUCAGCGACGCUGAGGGCCAAUCGCAGACCACGGAGCCGAUGAAGGAUCUUCGCAUGGCGGUCUAUUGCCGAAGCACAGGCGAGUGGCAGAGCAACGUGCAGUCAUUCCCGUGGGGUCAGGCGCCCAUCUGGAUGCAACAGUUCGUGGGCAUCUCGUUUGUCGCAGUCGCUGAUCCUGCCUGGGUUGCCGAGCAUGUAGAUUUCAAUGGUUACGUGGAGACGGCCGACUCGGGUGCUCUCUACAAGGUCCCGACUUGUAUUCUUCGUGAGGGCAGCGCUCUGUACGUGCCAAUGGGGUACGUCCCCUUCCUGGUGCCCACCCCGCCGAACGUGAACUGGGACUCGAAGCAGCCGAGCCUCAAGGAUACUGCGAAGGCAACCGCUGAGGUCAAGCACUGCGCUUGCUUCGGCGUGUCCUUGUUCUUAGAGGACGGCGUCCUCGAGAAGACUUCGCCGCAGGCGCGCGCCGCUGCGUCUGCAGCGUGGGCCCAGACGAAAAACUCGCAGCUCCCCGAGAGCAUUCGCACGAACCCCGAGGUCAGCAAGUGGUUCGAGAAGUGCGGCGAGGGCCUGCGCGACGAGACUAGCAAG